UCAAGUCGCCUCACCAUCUACAUUCCACAUUACUAAAAUGGAGCUGGUUUUCACUUGGCCUGUUCUAACCUUAGUCUGUCUAGCAACUUUAGCCCUUCUCUCUAAACUUUUCUUUCCCCAAAGCCGAAAACUGAAAUCUCCACCGGGUCCUAAACCAUGGCCUAUUAUCGGCAACCUAAAUCUCAUAGGUCCAAUCCCUCACCAAAGCCUUCACAAACUAUCCCAAAUUUAUGGACCAAUAAUGCAGCUCAAGUUCGGAUCCCGGCCAGUUGUCAUUGCUUCCUCUGCAGAAAUGGCAAAGCAAUUUCUGAAAACACAUGAUCAUGUCUUUGCUUCCAGACCCCAAACUGCAGCUGGCAAGUACCUCACUUACAACUACCUUGAUGUCACUUGGGCGCCUUACGGUGACUAUUGGCGCCAAGGCCGCAAGAUUUUCAUCACUGAGCUCUUCAGCUCGAAAAGACUAGAGUCUUUCGAGUACAUUCGAGUUGAGGAGAUUCGUGCUUUCCUCUCGCGCCUCUGUGCCUUGUCAGGGAAGCCGGUUAUGCUUAAAGAGCAUAUCUCGCGCCUAACGCUGAGCACGGUGAGUAGGAUUGUGUUGGGAAAGGAGUACUUCAGCCAAACUGAUAUUCAGACCUCGGUUGUGACACUCAAAGGGUUUCAGGACAUGUUAGACGAGUUGGUGUCGCUGAGUGGGGUUUUGAAUAUAGGGGACUGGAUACCCUGGCUGAAGUUUUUGGACUUGCAGAGGUACGAGAAGCAAAUGAAGGACUUGAAGAAAAAACUGGACAGGUUUCAUGAUUAUAUUCUGGAUGAACACAAGGCAAAGAUGGGAGGAGUGGAGGAUUUUGUGCCGAAGGACAUGGUGGACUUAUUGUUGAAGCUGGUUGAUAAUCCGGAUCUUGAAGUUAAGCUCACACUAGAUGGUGUCAAGGGAUUCACCCAGGAUUUAGUAGCCGGAGGAACGGAUACAUCUGCAACGAAUUUGGAGUGGGCAAUGUCUGAACUCAUAAAACAACCACACCUCAUUAGAAAGGCAACCGAAGAGCUUGACAGAGUAAUUGGGAGAGGGAGAUGGGUGGAAGAAAAAGACUUGGAACACCUCCCCUACAUAGAUGCAAUCAUGAAAGAGACAAUGAGGAAGCACCCUGUUGUUUCAAUGCUUGCACCACAUCUAGCCCUUGAAGAUUGCAACGUGGAAGGUUACCAUAUUCGUAAAGGGACUAGAGUGUUCGUAAAUACAUGGAGCAUAGGGAGAGACCCUUUAUUAUGGGAAGCACCAGAGGAGUUUAAUCCAGACAGGUUUUUAUUGGGAAAUAAGGGGAUUGAUGUGAAGGGACAAAGUUUUGAGCUGCUUCCAUUUGGUUCAGGAAGGAGGAUGUGCCCUGGUUAUGGCCUAGGACUCAAAAUGAUUCGGUGUAGCUUGGCUAACAUGUUGCAUGGGUUCAACUGGAAAUUACCUGACAAUAUGAAGCUAGAAGAUUUAAGCAUGGAGGAAGUUUCUGGGCUGUCUACACCUCGGAAGGUCCCACUUGUUGCAGUUGUGGUGCCUAGGCUCCCUAUCCAUCUUUAUUAGUAAUUACUUCUAUGUUUAUGUGAAUGUGAUGAAGAUGUUCUUGUGAAAAUUUUAUGAUUGGAGCAAAUGAAUAAUUGUCAUGACCAUUAUAAUGAUUACUAGAGUUACUGAAUUUGAAUAGUCAUAGUGUUUAUGUCCAUAGUAAUUGCCAUAUUUGUGGUGUUGUCUAGAGUCCACCUAUAUUAAGGCUAUGUUACUCUCAAAGAGAAAAAUUAUCAAAGUUGUGUAAUAUAAAUUAGUAAGAUCUUAUUUUAAAAGUCUC